GUGAGCCUCGGGCAGCGGCGCCGGCAGGCAGGCAGGCAGGGCUCCCGCUCCGACCCCUCGCGCAGCAACGCGGCGCCGCAUCCCGCCCGCAUCCCGCCCGCAUCCCGCUCGCCUCCCUCCCGCGUCCCGCGGCCAUGGCCGGGCGGCGCUGGGCCGGCCGGUGCGCGGCCCUGGCCGUGCUCCUGGCAGCCUGGUCCCUGCCCCGAGGAGGCAGCGCCGGGCGGCUCUUCCUCAACGAGUGGGCAGCUGAGAUCCCGGCCGGCCCCGACGCUGCCAGAGCCAUCGCGGACGAGCUGGACUACGACCUGGUGGGACAGAUUGGAUCACUGAAAAACCACUACUUAUUCAGACACAAGAGUCACCCAAGACGGUCCCGAAGAAGUGCUAUUCAUAUCACUAAGAGACUUUCUGAUGAUGAGCGGGUGUCAUGGGCAGAGCAGCAGUACGAAAAAAAGCGAACCAAGCGUGCCGCCGUGAGAGACUCAGCAGAAAGCCUUUUCAAUGACCCUAUGUGGAAUCAGCAGUGGUAUCUGCAAGACACAAGAAUUACUCCAUCCCUGCCCAAACUGGAUCUCCAUGUUAUUCCUGUGUGGCAGAAAGGAUUCACCGGCAAGGGAGUUGUCAUCACAGUCCUAGACGAUGGAUUGGAGUGGAAUCACACUGACAUCUAUGCUAACUAUGACCCAAAGGCAAGUUAUGAUUUCAAUGACAAUGAUCCUGAUCCCUUUCCUAGAUAUGACCCAACAAAUGAAAACAAGCAUGGGACACGGUGUGCUGGGGAAAUUGCCAUGCAAGCCAACAACAGAAAAUGCGGAGUUGGAGUAGCCUACAACUCCAGGGUUGGAGGUAUCCGAAUGCUGGAUGGAAUAGUCACCGACGCUAUUGAGGCCAGUUCAAUCGGUUUCAAUCCAGAACAUGUGGAUAUUUACAGUGCAAGCUGGGGCCCCAAUGAUGAUGGCAAAACUGUGGAGGGACCUGGGAGACUGGCCCAGAAGGCUUUCGAGUAUGGGAUAAACCAGGGACGAAAUGGGAAAGGCUAUAUUUUCGUGUGGGCUUCAGGGAACGGAGGUCGUCAGGGUGGCAACUGUGACUGUGAUGGUUACACUGAUAGCAUCUACACCAUCUCCAUUAGCAGUGCUUCUCAGCAAGGGCUUUCUCCCUGGUAUGCAGAGAAGUGCUCUUCAACUCUGGCCACAGCAUACAGCAGCGGGGAUUAUACUGACCAAAGAAUUACAAGUGUUGAUCUGCACAAUGAAUGUACAGAAACUCACACAGGGACCUCUGCAUCUGCACCUCUGGCAGCAGGAAUUUUUGCUCUGGCGCUGGAAGCAAACCCAGAUCUAACGUGGAGGGAUAUGCAGCACUUGGUAGUGUGGACCUCAGAAUAUGAUCCACUGGCUGGAAAUCCAGGAUGGAAAAAAAAUGGAGCAGGACUGAUGGUCAACAGCCGAUUUGGGUUUGGGCUACUCAACGCCAAUGCCUUGGUGGAUUUAGCUGAUCCCAAGAGAUGGAAAAGUGUACCAGAAAAGAGAGAGUGUAUUGUCAAAGACAAGAGCUUUGAACCCAGAUUAUUAAGAGCAAAUGAAGAAGUCAUUAUUGAAAUUCCCACAAAAGCCUGCGAGGGUCAAGAGAACUCCAUUGCAUCUCUGGAGCAUGUGCAGCUCGAGGCAACGAUUGAGUAUUCCCGUAGAGGUGAUCUGCAUGUCACUCUGGUUUCUCCAUCAGGGACCAGCACUGUCCUACUGGCUGAGAGAGAGAGGGACAAGUCUCCCAAUGGCUUCAAGAACUGGGACUUCAUGUCUGUCCACACCUGGGGGGAAAAUCCAGCAGGCACCUGGAUUUUAAGAAUUACUGAUAUGUCCAGGCGAAUACAAAAUGAGGGGAGGAUUGUAAACUGGAAAUUGAUUUUGCAUGGCACUGCUACCCAGCCUGAACACAUGAAGCAGCCACGUGUGUAUACAUCCUACAAUGCUGUGCAGAAUGAUAGAAGAGGAGUGGAGAAGAUGACGGAUAUUGUAGAGGACCAUACCACACUGGAGAGCCUGAGUGAAAAACCCAAGGCCACAGAAGACACCAGCAGCAGCAGUGACAAAGCAGAAGAUAAAAUCCCAUCAGAAGCCAUGCUGCAUUUACUGCAAAGUGCUUUUAGCAGACAGAUGGAUCAGAAGCAGCUGCCGAAGAAGACCGCAAGUGAGAAGUUAAACAUUCCAUACGAACACUUCUAUCAAGCCCUCAAAAAAUUGAACAAGCCCUCCCAGUUAAGAGGCUCAGAAGAAAGUCUGUACAGUGACUACGUUGAUCUUUUUUACAAUGCCAAACCUUACAAGCAUAGAGAUGAUAGACUGCUGCAAGCAUUGGUUGAUAUCAUAAAUGAAGGAAAUUAACUGUAGGGUAUGGCACUGAGUUGGAAAUAUUCGUUCUCCCCACCUGUAGUUUUUUUUCCAAAGUCUGUGUAUGCUCUAGUUGUGUGAUUGCUGCUUUGAUUGCUUCAUAUUUAAUACAAAUAUCAAGGAAGGGAAAAAACGGGUGUGAGGGGAUAAGAUAGCAAAAUUACACUUUUUAGUAUUAUCCUUUUUCAAAAUCUUUCUUCAGAGUAGAUUUGCCCCCUCAGGCAUAAAAUGCAAUAGUACUCCCCUGAAAACCCUAAUACUCUAUUUUAAACAAUUUUCACAUUACUUAUUCUUUCACCCUCUUCACUUAAGCAUGCAGUAGGAUGAAUUACCUGAAUUACCAAGCAGUUUUGAACCAAACUGCCAAAGCUAUGGGGAUAUAUUCUCAUCCAUGGAUUUGUCAUGAAUAUUGCAGUCUUUGUUAUACUUGUCAUUUAUUCCGAUUUAAUACUUGCAGCCAGUACUGCUUCCGUCCAUAGGUGUUUUGUUCCUUCUCCAAACAAUGCUCCCUUGCCCUUCUCUUCUCCUGUAGAGGAACAUCUGGGAGGCUGGGGUUGGACUGGGGCAUCAGUGAACACUGAUGAAGUUAUUCACAAUCUAGACUACAGACAGAAACACGCUAAUAAAAAAGAACCCCCACUGAGGCAUCCCAGACCAUGGGAUGGAAUUCUCUCCGGCAGACUUGGAACUUACCCAAGUGAAGUGCCUGAAUUCUGAGCCUGGUCUUUCUAGGCCCUACGGGUUUAACGAGGACAGGGUCUCACUUCAGAGCACUUGGCUUUCCCUUCACCAGUUAUGAGUCACCUGAUGGAGUACUUGAUCUAUUUGUGUCAAAUAUAUGAGCUUUGGGCUCCAACCUCCUACCUGUGGAGCCUCAGUCAGGUCUCAAAAUUAGUACAAAGCUGCUUUCUGAGAUGCCUACAUCUGCAAAUAGCCAGGCCAAGUGGAACAGAGAGGCUAGCUGUUGCAGAAAAGUCCACCCAA